AUGGAUAGUAAAAUAAGAGAUUGUACACGAAUUGAUAAAGCUAUCGGAAGUCUUUUUCCUUAUAUUUCCCUGUAUAUGAAGGCGUUGGGACUUUCCGAAAUACAGGUUGGUAUUAUAUUCGGAAUACAACUUUUUUUAGCAUUUAUUAUACAACCUUUUGUUGGGGCUGUCGCUGACAAAUAUAAUGCUCAUAAAUUUCAGGUUUCUUUUCCGGGAGUAUUGAAGCAUUUUUUAUUCUGGUUUCUUGAAGCCGAGCUUAAUAAUAAUUUGAAAAUUAUUCCAGGAUUGUGUAUGCUUUCGAACUGUUUGUCAGAAAUUUUAAUCUUUUACUUCGCUGGACGUAUUAUAAAGACUAUCGGUUAUCUAAACAGUUUGUACAUAGCAUGCUUUGCAUAUGUUGUACGUUUUAUAUUGUACUCGUUUCUCACGAAUGUUUGGUUCGUACUUCCAAUCGAGCUUCUGAAUGGUAUAACCUUUAGUUUGAUGUAGACAGCAGUGACAUCAUAUGGUAAUAUAAUAGCACCACGUGGAAUGUCUGGAACAAUUCAGGGACUUCUCCAUGGACUUCACUAUGGUUUCGGUAAGCAUUUACAUUGA